UGUGAACCAGUUUUUGGUUAAUAGGUUUGGAGCGAUUUGAAAAGAUUUGUAACUUUUUUUUGAUUUAUUACAAAACCCCUCCUCAAAAAUUGUGUUUACGGGUGGUAACGGAAAACCAAAGCUGCAUUUACGGGUGGUAACAGGAAAAUUAUACCCUAAGUUCUUUGUUUUGUUAGAUUACUUAGCGUUCUUCAUAUUGUUGUCCUCGGUCCCAUGACGCACGACGUUACUAUAUCACUACUGGUCAACUUGCACUACUUUCACGUGUUCUAAAAGAACCUUUCUUCCGCUGGUCUGGUUUAUAUAAACAGAGCAUGUUCGAUCCUUGAACAACGAACACCUCUUGUUUCAUCUCCCUCUUCUUCACUUUUAGCAAAUAAUGAUCAACGUCGUCAUGAUGAUUCUCCUAUGCCUCAUCUCACUUCUAUGUUUUUUUACCGUCUUCAAGAAACCAAAGGAUAGCUCUGAUUUGCCUCCAAGCCCUCCUUCUAUGCCAAUCAUUGGUCAUCUUCACCUUCUUCUCUCUUCUUUAAUCCACAAGUCUUUCCAGAAAAUCUCAUCCAACUACGGUCCUCUCCUCCAUCUCCGCAUCUUUAACGUCCCUAUAGUCCUCGUCUCCUUUGCUUCAGUGGCUAACGAGAUAUUCAAGUCCCAUGACGUGAACAUCUCCUCUCGAGGUCUCCCUCCCAUCGAUGAGUCCCUCUUUUUCGGUUCUUCAGGUUUCUUCUCCGCUCCACAUGGAGAUUACUGGAAGUUCAUGAAGAAGCUCAUCGUCGCCAAGCUUCUUGGACCGCAAGCAAUCGAGCGGUCAAGAACCAUCCUUGCGGAGGAGUUAGAGAGGUUUUACUUUGAUCUGCUCGAAAAAGCGAUGAAGAAAGAGACCGUUGAGAUACGUAGAGAAGCCAUGAAGUUCACUAACAACAGCACAUGCAAGAUGAUUAUUGGGAGGAGGUGUUGGGAGGAGAACGGUGAAGCUGAGAGAGUCAGGGGAUUGAUUACUGAAUCUAUUGCCUUGACGAAGAAGGUUUUAUUUGCUACCUUGCUGCGCAAACCACUUGAGAAGCUAGGGAUCCCACUUUUCAAGAAGGAGAUAAUGGAUAUUUCCAGCAGGUACAACGAGGUGCUUGAGAGCUUUCUUGUGGAACACGAAACAAAACUGGAGAAGCAUCAUCAAGGUAAGGAUUUGAUGGAUGUGUUGUUAGAAGCUAAAGAAGACGAAAACGCGGAGUAUAAGAUCACUAGGGAUCACAUCAAGUCCUUGUUUGUGGAGUUUUUCCUUGGAGGCACUGACACAUCAAAGCAAACAAUACAGUGGACAAUGGCCAGAAUCAUUAACAACCCUAAAGUUAUUGAGAGAUUAAGAGAAGAGAUGAAUUCCGUUGUAGGGAAAUCAAGAUUGAUUCAAGAAACUGACUUACCAAACCUUCCCUACUUGCAAGCAGUAGUCAAAGAAGGGCUAAGGAUGUAUCCACCGGUACCUCUCUUUGGAAGGAGGCUCCAAGAAGGAUGUAAGAUGGGAGGAUUCUAUGUCGCUGAGAAGACAACACUUGUAACUAUAAUGAGAGAUCCUAAUUACUGGGAUGAUCCUGAUGAGUUUAAGCCAGAGAGGUUCCUAGGAGAGCAAGGGGACGAGAUAAGAGAGCAAGUACUGAAGUACCUUUCUUUCGGGAGCGGUCGGAGAGGAUGUCCUGGAUCAAAUCUAGCUUAUAUCUUUCUAGGAACAGCAAUUGGAAUGAUGAUUCAGUGCUUUGAUUGGAGAAUAAAAGGGGCUAAGGUUAACAUGGAAGAGACUCUUUCAGGAAUGGUCUUGACAAUGGCUCAUCCCCUUAAAUGCAUUCCUGUUCCUCGAAUCUGUAGCUUCCCAGUUCAUCACUGAUCUCUCAUUACCUAUAGUUAAAGUGUCUGUUUGAUUGUUAAGGACUAGUAGUAAUUGUAGACAGAAGAGACAAGGAAACAAAGGUUUGGAAGCCAAAGAUAAAAACAACUUCAGAAAUCAAGUCUGCUUCAGAAAUCAAGUCUGCUUCAGAAACAGAACAGAGAGAAGUGGACUUGGAAAGUGACAAGGUAAUCAACGUCGUCAUGAUGAUUCUCCUAUUAGCCUAUCGUAUGAACUCACAAGAUUAUAUAAGAAACUCUUCUUAUUAACUUAGGAAAAUCACUCAAAACCUAAGCUCUCACAAAUAAUCUCUAAUCUCAAGUUUAUGGCACAACUCACCUUC